GCGGGGUCUCUGCGCCCCCUUCCCCAACGCCUCCCCGCCCCCACGGCGCAUAGCUUCUCUACGCGCCCCCUUGGAGGUAGGGGACUGUCCUCCCGGGCGCACUCCGUCUUGCUUCGGGGAGCCGGGGCUCUUUGUCGGAAGAUCUUGGGGGCGCGCCCCUCCCCUGGGGCCAGGGGCUUCUGAGAGGCCCUUCCCACUAGCCCGCCCCGCUUUUCCGGCGCCGCCCGUAGCCCCAUUCUGAGACCCCCGGAAAGGGAAGACCUUCGUGCGGGCCCGCGACCCGGCUGAUAGGGAUCGGGCCGAGGGGCUUUACGCCCCGCUCCGGGACAGGUGUGUGGGGCAGAGCGGCCUCGACCCUCAGCUGAAAUCCGUGAGGACCAGUGACCUGGACCUGGAAAUGAGCUUCCGAGAGCUACUGCGUCGGGAAAUACUAGGUGGCUUUCCCUCAUCAUCCCUCUUACUGCGCCACGGAGACAGCCCUGUGCCGCGGGGGUCAGGAACGAGGCCUGGCCGCGUGAUCAGAGGGGCCGCGUUCCUUGUUUGGGUUCUGUGGAGGACCGAAUGGGCUGAGCUGGAACUGAUCUAAAUGUCAGGCAAAGGAGGCAACCAAAUUAUGUGUUCAGGCUGGUUGUGACCUGCAGACUGCGAGCCUGCAACCUUAGGAAGUACUUGCUGUCCUUCUGAGAUGCAGUAAAGCAUGACUGCAGGGGAGAAGUGGUGUCUUCUUGCUGUUUUGCUUGGAGAGCAGAAAACAUCAACCAAGUUGGAGAUAGCGCUCUGUGCUACCUGGAGUUUGGAAGAAGCAUUGACCUGGUCUUUUUCAAUGCAGAAAUAAAUGCUCACCCAGUCUGGAAAUACAGUCGUCCAGCAUGCUCUGCCCAGCCCCCGCCGAGGCGCACUGACCAUGAGCUUCAACUCCUCCCUCAGCCACAGGAAGGAGCUGAGUAACCUCACCGAGGAGGACGGUGGCCAAGGGGGCGUCGUCGUCACCGAGUUCGUCGCCAUUGUCGUCAUCACCAUUUUCGUCUGCCUGGGCAACCUGGUAAUCGUGGUCACCUUGUACAGGAAGUCCUACCUCCUCACCCUCAGCAACAAGUUCGUCUUCAGCCUGACCCUGUCCAACUUCCUGCUGUCCGUGCUGGUGCUGCCUUUCGUGGCGACCAGCUCCGUUCGGAGGGAAUGGAUCUUCGGUGUGGUCUGGUGCAACUUCUCGGCCCUCCUCUACCUGCUUAUCAGCUCGGCCAGCAUGCUCACCCUUGGGGUCAUCGCCGUCGACCGCUACUAUGCUGUCCUGUACCCCAUGGUGUACCCCAUGAAGAUCACAGGCAAUCGAGCCGUGGUGGCGCUUGCCUACAUCUGGCUUCACUCCCUCAUUGGCUGCCUGCCACCUCUGUUUGGUUGGUCAUCGGUGGAGUUUGACGAGUUCAAGUGGAUGUGUGUGGCCGCGUGGCACCGGGAGCCUGGCUAUACCGCCUUCUGGCAGAUCUGGUGUGCCCUGUUCCCCUUCCUGGUCAUGCUGGUGUGCUAUGGCUUCAUCUUCCGCGUGGCCAGGGUCAAGGCACGCAAGGUGCACUGUGGCACCGUGGUCCUUGUGGAGGAGGACGCGCACAGGAACGGGAGGAAGAACUCCAGCACCUCCACCUCUUCCUCGGGCAGUAGGAAGAACGCCUUUCAGGGCGUGGUCUAUUCGGCCAACCAGUGCAAAGCGCUCAUCACCAUCCUGGUGGUCAUUGGUGCCUUCCUGGUCACUUGGGGCCCCUACAUGGUCGUCAUCACCUCUGAGGCCCUCUGGGGGAAGAACUAUGUCUCCCCAACCCUGGAGACCUGGGCCACUUGGCUGUCCUUUACCAGUGCCAUCUGCCACCCGCUGAUCUAUGGACUCUGGAACAAGACGGUUCGCAAGGAACUACUGGGCAUGUGCUUUGGGGAUCGGUAUUACCGGGAACCGUUUGUGCAGCGGCAGAGGACUUCCAGGCUCUUCAGCAUUUCCAACAGGAUCACAGACCUGGGCCUGUCCCCACACCUCACGGCACUCAUGGCAGGCGGGCAGCCCCUGGGUAACAGCAGCAGCACGGGGGACACCGGCUUCAGCUGCUCUCAGGACUCAGGAACGGAUGUCAUGCUGCUCGAAGACUUCACGUCUGAUGACAACCCUCCCUCCCACACUUGCCCACCCAAGAGGAGGAGCUCAGUGACAUUCGAAGAUGAAGUGGAACAAAUCAAAGAAGCUGCCAAGAACCCUAUUCUUCACGUGAAAGCCGAAGUGCACAAGUCCUUGGACAGUUACGCAGCCAGCUUGGCCAAAGCCAUAGAGGCUGAAGCCAAAGUCAACUUAUUUGGGGAGGAGGCUUUGCCUGGGGUCUUGCUUGCAGCACGGACCGUCCCCGGGGUUGGCUUUGGGAGCCGCCGAGGCAGCAGAACUCUCGCGAGUCAGAGGCUGCAGCUGCAGAGCAUCGAAGAGGGGAACGUUUUAGCCGCGGAGCAGACGUGAGGGUGGAUGCCCUCAACACACACUGGUGUGCAGCCAUCAGAAAAAACACUGAAAACAAUGUCUGUAAGUGACUUCCGUGUCUCUGUGAGACCACACGUGGGCUUCCUUGAGGUCUCAGCGAUGGGACCAGAGGCAUCUAGAGUACAAAGCAGAGCCAGCGGAGGUGUGGCUGAGACUUUGUGGGAGGUGGGCCGUAGAGGGGAACUAGAGACCACGGCUUAGAAGGAGACCGCCACGUGGGUCACUUCCUCCUCUGCACAACCUGUGCCCCGGGGGUCCAACCACGCACUCUCCCGGAGGCCUCAGGAGGCGAGCCCUUCCCAGUGCCCUUCGGAGGAUGGCACUUCUUCUGGGUGGUUGAUGUGGACCCUGCUGGGCCGUCAGUUUUACACUAAAUGGUCCCCAGAGGAGAGCCCAGGAGCCGAGCUCCCCAGAUCCGGGUGCUGCGCCCUGGGGUCCUGGUUAUGACCUGGCCUCUGGUGGCGCCACCUGCUGGUGCUAGUAGGGACAGCUCACGGGCCGCUGGGCGGACGCAACAGGUCUGGGGCUGCUGUGGCUGAGGACGGGGCUGCCUCCCUAGUGACUGAGUCUUUGCUAUUUCAUAAGAAGGGAGAAACCACUGUAAACGACAGGAGGAAGGAGCAGAUACCAGAUGUUUCAUUUCUAGAAUUAAAAGAAACAAAAAAAUCCAUUUGGUUAGGAUGAAACCACGAUCUUAACUGAGCCUGAAAGGGCCAUGGGGCCAGGCGCUGCUGGGAACUAGAGAUACUGUUAUCGUUGGAGGGAAUCCCCUUCACACAGGAAGACCUCAUGGAAUAGACUGGGCUUGUGGUGUUUGAUGGACUGCUUCGAUUGGCUGGCCUCCAGGGAAUGCUCCCGCAGGCAGCAGCUCCUGUUGCCCCGCCCUGAGCAGUGUAAGACGGGACAGACUGGAAGAAACGCUGGACCUGGCGUCAGCAACCUGCACGCAGGCCCGGCUCCGCCGUACCUUCCUUAUGUCAUUGGGACUCCCUGUCACCCCUAGGCCAUCUGGAAAAUAAGAUAAGGGAGUGAGGAGUUGGAUUGAAUGGUGGCCAGGAUCAUUUCUGACUCUGACCUUUGAUGUUCUCUGAAUUUGUAAGUUAGAAAAAAAAAAAGUGACCCAUGGACCAACGUUUGCACAGCUUUUGAGUGUGGUUUCUAGUGGGCAUGUGAAGCACUGCUGCAAGCCCGGGUACGUGGGCUGAUCCGAUGUGUCUAGAGCACAGUUCUGACAGGAUGCCAGCCGGCAAGACACAUAAAUGGGGGCAGAGGCGGAAGUGGGCCACGCAUUGUGACUUGUAUGUUAGAUCUCUCUCCCUUGGAGUUGGGAUGGCAGUUACAUGUGUGGGCUUGGAGCGGUGGCUGUGGUGACGUGAACCACCUGUGCCUGCCCUUCAGCUUGGGUGAUUAGGUCAGCCAAGUGCAGACCUUUCCCCGCCUUCAGAAUUCCGGGGGGUCAGCAGAGGGUACAUUCUGAGGAGAUCUACCUGCGUCUGCUAUGAGGCAGCCAUCCCAGAAAGGGAAUCACUUUUGUGGCGUUCCAUUGGGGUCUAGCUAGCUCUCAGUGAGGCAGUGUCUCUUUGCUGUGUGGCAGAGACCCAGUGGUUGGCUGGUCCCCUGGUCUGCAAUUUACAGAAGACUUCCUGAGACCUGGGGGCUGCUACCUUCACGGUGAUCAAACUCGUCAGCAACUCCUGUGGGUCAGCUGGGUGCCAGCCACUGGUCUGCAUUCUGGAUGGGAGUGGGAAGGAUCAGAAGGUGGUUUCACCCUUGGGUUCUGCCGAUGAGAUGUGCAGAUCAGUCAGACUCUGCUGUCACUACUGGGUGGCAUUCCGAAACCUGAGGGCAUUUUAUGUUUUCUGCAUGUAUUUUUUCCUAGCACUUGUCCUUGUCUAGUUUCUAAAGGGACCAUACUCCUGAGCUUCUAGUACGCACCAGGGUGGAACAGGGCAGGGACCUUUACCUCUAGGUUGGAAUAGCCCACGAUGCCACCCCUCCCCCACCCCUUAGGGCAUUUUGAGUGCUGCAAAGUGACUUGCAACCCAGGGGCUGGAGAGUGCUUCCCCUGGACAGUACUUAGCUGGGCUCUAGGGAGAGAGUCCUGAGACACCUCCCGGCCUCCAAGUCCUCACUGGCUGAUCCCAAACUAGCUCAGAUACACUAGGAUUUAAUCUAAGCCAAUCUAGCGAUACUGCACUUCCUGAAAGCAUUCUGUGCGUUUCCUCUUUUCUGCCGAGGUCCAUUUAUUUAUUCAUCUACCAGACACUGCACAUCCAGCGUGUGCAAGGCACCAAGCUAGGCUCUGUGAGUACUAACACUAAAGCGUUUUCACUCUAGCAUAGGGAGAGCCCUGGGAGAGACUGAGGCUAAUAAAUUGCAAAGUCCAUUAAUGAUUAUAGAAAGAACUGUGGGCUCCAGAGGGAGGUGAAUAUUUCCAAUUAGAAGGAGUUAGGGGUAGCACCAUGUAGGAGGUGACUGUUUGAGCCAAGCCUUGGAGGAUGUCUGGCAGCUGGAACCAUAUUUUGCAUAUUCAUGAAUUCAGAUUUUCCUUGAUUCAGCCUGAGCAAGAGAAAGGAGAGCAAAAGGAGGUGGAUGGGGGAGAGGGUGAGGACAUAAUCCCCACACGCCCUGAGGUUUCUGAGAGGAUUUUUGAGGACCCCUGUCCUUAGUGCAGAACCCCAACUGCCCCCGCUGAACCCAGGCCCAUUAUAAUGCUUUAUUCUGCUGUGCAGCGGCAGCCUGAGGACUUCCUGAGGGGGCCACGUGGACAGUGGCAGGUGGGACACUUGGCCACUUGUUCACGUAAAAACCUCAGUCCUGCAUCUUCUGGUUUUGACAGGACCACGUUUAGGACUGUUGCCCAUCUCUGCUUCUUUCAUAGAGAUUGCCACUUGACCGGGUCGCCCCCAGUGCUAUACCCCAGAUACCAGGUUUGGGGGCUAGUGUGACCCAGAAGGCACUGGAGUCCCACGCCACCGAGCACACAGCUCAAUCCCUAGCCUUUUCCCAGGCCAGACGCACCAAGACUGGAGUUCAGGGCCUUCGACACUAGGUGGCAGCAGUGUGGCUCUGAUGCCGCUGGCAGUUCCCCACCGGGAAGAGCUAAGGGUAAAGCUGAAGGCUUGUUUGCUUCUGGCUUCGAGCACUUACUCUGAGCUCCUGGUCUCCACUGCAGUCCUCGGCCUUUAAAGGACCACCCAGCUAGCUUGCUUACAAGUGUGACCCCAUUCGGGGUUGCAGGUACUGCCAAUGCUCAGCUGUGUGAGCUUAAGCAAAUCACUGCUGUAGAAACGGGGUUGAGGAAUGUUGAGACGAGGGCCAUCUGGUGCUAAUGUUCUUUGAUUCUCAUUUAAGGAGCUGCUGUGUAGUCUCUGAGUAAACGGCGAGACUAACUCAAGUGUUUGCAAUAGGCCAAGGUAGUUUGGAGUGGACAGGAGAGGGAGGAAAAGCGCUUUGAUACAGUGAGAGACUUUACUGGCCUGUUCAGAUUUAACUAGAUGAGUAUUUUGUCUAUCCUGAUAGUGGGUCCUUGAAAUACUUGCAGAUUAGAGACGGGUCUACGGAUGGACCACAGGAUAUACUCACGACAAGGGUUCAGCCUUGAGCCCCAGCCGUCUCCCGUCUGGAAAGAACUGUGGAGGUGAUGUGGCUACAAAAGGAUGAGACAGGGAACUAGCACAUAGUGAGGGCCUACUGUGUGCCUGACCUGUUAAGACAUCUGAGUGCCCGUCAUGUGCUAGGCAUUAGUUGGGCACUUCCAAAUGCUUUAUCUCACUGCAAAUGAUAUAGUGGGGAUAGUGCAGGCUUUGGUAUGGGACGUUCUGGGUUCGGAUUCCACGCUGCUGCUUCUGAGUAAGGUGUCCUUGGGCUAAUUACUCAAUCUUUCUGUAUUGCGGUUUCCUCAUCUAUAAAAUGAACUUUGUAUUCUGUUUCUAUGUGGGGACACAGAAUCCAGGGGGGCCUCUGAUUAUGUGGAUUAGAGCAUCCAGCACAGUGCCUGGGGCAUAGCUGAUGCUGAACCCCUGCUGUUUCUUCUCCACUCUGCAGGUGGGUGUAUUAUUCUUGUUUUACAGGGCUCUCGGUGACAAGAAGUGAGAAUCUUAAAAAGAUAACUGUUAUCCUAGAUAAGAGGUGUUGAAGGUUGUUGCCGUAGGAAUCGUCACGUCUGCCGUACAGCAUGAAGGGAUGUGGUGAGAAAGGAGAAGACGAUAGAGAGGAGGGGGUAAAGGCUAAGUGGCACUUGGGAUUCAGGAGAUCUGAAGGGGCGAAACUGAGCUUUUCUGUUACUGGCUAUCGAAGAUGGUAGAGCCCCAGGCUGCUGUGGCAUCUGGAAUCAAAGCGCAAGCUCAGCUUUGAGCUCCCUUACAGCCCAGAAGGGAUGCUCUCCCUGAGAUGUGACCUGGAGUCUCAGGGCAGCUCCAUCCUGCAGUGACAGUGACUGCUUGGCCUUGGCUUUGGGGUUCAGAUUCUCUGAGUCUCCGAGCCCCUGAGGGAAGAGGCAGUGCAGGGGCAGGAGGAGUCCAUGCUGCCACCCACAGUGUACACAGAACCCCAGGUGAAUUCCGUGGGAGAGUGAAGGGAAAUCACAUUUUCACCCUGAAGCAAAGGAAAACGGCUGUGAGCACAGUCGUAUGUGACUACAAGAGGGGGCAGAGCCGGACCGUCCUUCUGGGUUGGGGAGGGGCACACACCGAAUCCAAGGAGGCCUAGGGAGGUGAAGGGAAUUGUCCAAGGUCUCAAAGGAGAUUAAGCCAGGGUCGGGGCUGAAACGCCAGGUCUUGGCCAUGUGACUGAGAGAAGGAAAGAGCCAGCUUUGCAGCUCGAGGAGGAUGAGGGAUAGUUAACAGUCAUCAUUAUUAGAAGGCCAGUAGGGCUUUACUGCGUAGGUAGGACUAUUGUAAUGCAAGGAGUUUGGGAGACUGGAAUAUCUGCUUGCCAGACCUAUAAAAAACUUCAGGCCUAAGGUGGCUGGAUUCACUGGAAAGAAUUCAAAGCACAAACUCGAAUCUGCAUAAGAUUACCAAGAGCACAGUUCUACUCACUGUUAUUUUUAGGAGAACAAAGUACGCAAAGCUAUGUCAG